AUGGUCCGACGGCAGGCGUUUUUGCUGCCCAUACUCGCCGCGGCGUACACAGCGGCGCACGGCUUCGUGAGCCAGGUCAUCAUCGACGGCACGGACUAUGCGGGGAACCUCCCCGCGAAAUACGAAGGUGCCAGCCCCAUCCGCAUGAUCUCGACGAUAGAUCCGGUCAAGGGCGCGGACAACUCGAACAUCAACUGCGGCAUGGGUGCGGAGCUCGCGGAGAUCGUCGCGCCUGCGAGCCCGGGGAGCAACGUCACUUUCCAAUGGACGGGGGGCGCGGACGGGGGGGAGAACUGGCCACACACCGUGGGCCCGUUGAUGACCUACAUGGCGUCCUGCGGCUCCGUCAGCUGCUCGGAAUUCAACGGCUCUACCGCCGAGUGGUUCAAGAUCGACGAGAUCGGAAUGAAGGGCCAGAACAGCUGGUACCAGGCAGACAUAGCGGAUGGCGACUCGUACACCAUCACCCUUCCGCAGAACAUCAACCCCGGGGGAUAUCUGAUUCGCCACGAGAUAAUUUCGCUCCAACAAGCGGUGAGCGUCGGCGGCGCCGAGUUCUACGUGUCGUGCACGCAGGUGCAGAUGGGCGGGAGCAGCUCCGGGACGCCGAACGACACGGUCGCGUUCCCCGGCGGGUAUUCCGACACGGACCCUGGCAUCUACGUGCCCGACCUGUUUGACCCCAGCUUCACCGACUACGUCUUCCCGGGGCCCCCCGUGUCGAACCUGGCGUACCCGGGCGACGGCGAGAUCACGCCGGCGCUGACUGCCUCCGCGACGUACCCGUCGGGGACCGCGAUCCCAUCGUACGCGCCAGCUGGUUCCGGUGGGGCCUCCAGCCCGAUGGAGACAGCUUCCGGCACUGGAGGCGCAUCAGGGCCCGCAGAGACUGGAUCCGCGGCGGGCACCACCCAGGGUGGGACUGGCACUGGGCGCACCUGCUCGCUGAGGUCGAAUCCCUCCUCGAGCCCCGUUGCGCUGAGCCGGCGGUUCCACGAGGGAGUCAUGCGCCGGCUGAGGCGGUCUGUUUUGGCCCCGUCCUCUUCGUAG